AUGCGGAGCGCAUCCGGCACUGCCUCCGGUGCAUGUUACGUCCAGGGCGUUUUGUGGGCAGUCGUGCCCGCCGUGGCGGUGUGGACGCUCUGCGGCCUCAGCUGCGACCGGUACGCUGCCAUCGCCAGUCCGCUCCAUUACUCGCGCCUAGUGAACACGCGGCGGACGUGCGCCUUCCUCGGCGUGUCCUGGAUUGUCGCGGCGGGUGCGGCCGUGCCCCCACUCGUAGGAGUGUGUCCGUACUCCUACGGUCCGUCGCGAUGUGUGUGCGUCGCCGCGUGCGCUGGCAGCGGUGCGGACUCGCAAGCCCCAGCGUCAUCGCCCGUGGGACUGGGAUACGCGCUAAGCUACGUGUGGCUGUCCCUCGUCUUUCCGGCGUCACUGAUCGCUGCAAGCAAUCUGCAGGUGCUCCUCAUCGCACGCACGCACAGGCAUCGCAUCGUGGCUGCCAUCUACGAGGUGACCCUCCGGGCCCAGGCGACGGUGACGCACCAGCGCAAUCCGUGGUACCUGGCCCGAUUCCGGGGCCGCAGCGCGUUGCUGUCGACGGCGCAGCUGGUCGCCUCGCUGGCGCUGUUGACGGCGCCGCAUUUCGCGCUCCUUCUGUGGGAGGCCUCGACAGGACGCCGCACUCCACCACUGCUGGGAUCGGCCACUACGGCUCUGCUGUGCUGGAGCCCAUGUGCUCAUGCCUACGUUUAUGGAGUGCGCAGCCGAGCACUGAGGCAGACCUUCAAGGACCUGCUGCGACGACAUGUCUACAGGCAGCAGGUGUGCCGCGAGGCUGCCCGGCGUGCGUCAGCUGCCAACGGCGGCACGCCCGGUCGACCAAAGCUCAUCCGUCGCUUCUCGGCGCCCGAUGGCCUGGGAUCAACCUCGGUGGUCGUGUCCAAUGCGCGUCGGGCGCUCCCGCGGAGGGCCUCCGAAAAGUGCAUGCUCCUGCGGACGGGCAGCAGCAGCCUGACAGUAGCGGGCAGCGGUGGCGGCGCGGGCGCCGCCAUGCUCUGCACGGCGAUGCCUUCUUCGGCACCGUCGUCCCGACGCUCCCUGCUGAUGCUCGAACCCGCGACCAAGCCGAGCAGCCGAGCAUCCGUGUUUCCUCUGAUACUGGAGCACGGCCUAAGCGAAGAGGACGAACGCGGACCGCCCGGUGGGUGCCUGCGGACCGACGACGAAGACGACGACAUGUCGCGGUCCAGGUCGCCGCCGUCUAGGACGACGCCCGACUCUACAGACACGAGGUCAGUGUGGGCGAUGGCGAGGACCGUACGCCUCAUGCACGGAGUGAGACGUGUCGGAAGGAACUGGAGCGCCCGCUUGCCUAUUUUUGCAUUCAACGCUUUGAAAACUGUACACGAGGUCAGCGUGGUUUGAUCCUGACAUGAUCAGCUCCUAGGCCGACAUGUGUUUUGCAAAGUUUUCAAUUGUAAAUACCACAUAUAUUGUGCAUUUAAAUACACAAUUAUAACGCAUAAAAGAAGAUAAUUGAGGUUGGACUAGCAUACCCAGCAAGCAUACCUUUCUUACUGUGGCCAUGAUGUUCUCUGGUAUGUAUAAAAAUCACGAGUGAAUAAUUCUAGUGAAUGAUUGUUACCGUCAUAACUAAUUUAUUGCUUGUGUCUGU